AUGGGAUUCACGAGUGCUAAAAGCAGCAAGGCACCAGCUCUUUUCGAAAUACGUGUCAAGUCAGCAGAGCACGAUGUUAUAGUCGUUAAGGGUGCCCCUCAUGAAGCGUCCUCCGUGUUGCUUGCGGGAACCGUCGUUCUUUCGGUCUCUGAGCCAAUGCAAAUCAAAAAGCUGACUCUGAGACUUUACGGAAUGUUGCGGCUGAAUCUAACUACCUCAUACCGUGGACCAAAAGGCCCCACUGAAAGAAGCUUCAAAUACGAUAAGAGGUUCUUCGAACACGUUUGGGACAACAUCAACAUCGAGGAUUACUUCCACAAUCUAUACGACAACUACGGGUCCCAGAGAUCCAUUGCUAGUAAAAGUGGCUCAUUCAGCAACUUGCACAAUCUGCACAGCAAAGCUAAAUCGACGACCUCUCUGAGAUCGUUGACGUCAGGUUCUGGCAGUAACAGCCACCUGCUAGUUAAGGGUAACUAUGAGUUUCCAUUCAGUGCAGUGCUACCUGGUACUUUGACGGAGAGUGUUGAAGGACUGCCCAAUGCGUCGGUGAUUUACAAGCUUCAAGCUACCAUUGAAAGAAGUAAGUUUGCCACAGAUUUGAUCAGCAAAAAGCAUCUAAGGGUGAUCCGUACUCUGACGCCUGAUGCUGUUGAACUGAGUGAAACCAUGUCUGUUGAUAACACAUGGCCAAACAAAGUAGAUUAUUCCAUUUCCGUCCCAGGUAAGGCGAUCGCGAUAGGAUCGGCCACCAAGAUCCACAUUCUUAUGGUCCCCCUACUCAAGGGUUUGAAACUGGGGCCCAUCAAAAUACAACUGGUCGAAUACUCAUCCUUUUGCGCGCCUUAUGGCGCUGGAAAUAACCAAGAACGCGUGGUUUCCAAACUCAAGCUUUCAGAUCCUCUAAAUCACUCGGUCACUGACGCCGAUGGGGCAAGUGUGUCCGAGUACCAGGAUAAAUGGGAGGUCGAGACCGUCUUUGGCAUUCCUCCAAGCCUUUCAAAGUGUACACAAGAUUGUAGUAUCCUGUCGAACAUAAAGGUGCGCCACAAGCUUAAGUUUGUGAUAUCCCUUAUUAAUCCUGACGGCCAUGUUUCAGAGCUUCGCGCUUCUUUGCCAAUUCAGCUCUUUAUUUCGCCUUUCGUGGCAUUGGGCGUCAAAUGCACCGAUUCCCUUGAUAGCAGUGCGAACGUAUCAGCAAACAGCACCGAUGCAGAAGGCGGUGACGACAAUGAUGAUGAUGACAUGAUCUUCUCGAACACAGUAUCAGAACUGAACUUGGAGGCGCUAAAUUCAGCGGCUCAAAAUACUAAUAGCUCCACAAACUUGACUGCUGCAAUUUUAGCCCCACCUAACUACGAAAGUCACAUAUACGACAGGUUGUGGAGUGGAAUUUCUGUAGAAAAUACACCCACGAAUUCGGGCAGACAGUCGCCAGUAGCGCCUUCGGAAGGGUCGUUCCUGAACAGCCCCAACGAGAUAAGCGCUCUGCAACAUGGACUUCAAAAACUACACGUUGAGCAGGAAAGGCCCAACCAACCCGAAAAUGUAUCAAGCGACGCCCUCGGCUUACCAACAACCCCGGAACCCAAUUCUCAGCUUGAAUUGGGAUCACGAACGUCUGGACCAUCAGAUUAUUUUUCAGUCCCCACGCCGCGUCAUGUGCAGAGCAUGAUCGCGAUGAGCAACAACGGCCUGAGGUCUCCUGCCCCUAUGGGGUCGCCCGGCCUUGACCAUAUUUCUCGCGCAAACUCUUUCGGCCCAUUUGGGCCCUCCGCCAAAGGAGAUUGGAAGCUCAAUGCUUUGAGCAGAGUGCCUUCAUAUGAGAAUGCAAUGAGAGGUGAACACAUUCCGAUUGAUUUGCCUCCAGCUUACCCAAAAGAGCACAACGAGAGUCCUUUAUUGGAUUUGGAGAGGCCUGAAUUAGCACAUCAGAGAUCCGGUGACUUGCAAAGAACAAAUAGCGGCACUCGCCUUUCCCACGCAGCUCUGUCUCGAAGUAAUAAUAGCUCUUCGAGCUCUUUGCCUAGGUUUUCGCUUUCAAGAAGUAAUACGGGAGGGUCGAAUGUUUCUGUAAAUGGAGGUAGCGGAAGCAAAGGGGGAACAGCCUCAAAGCAUUUCGGUUUCAAUAUGACACCACUUGGCGGUAAAAGAGAGAAUAGAGGGGACCAACCGCACGCUCAGUUUUCUCUACAUGACUCAGAGCCCGCAUCGGGGCCUACUUCUUUGAGUCGAAAUGGUUCGCUCAUGAAUCUCAAAGGUCUUAUGUCAAGAAAGGACAAGAAGUAA